AAAGCACCUGUUGCUCCGCAGCUUGAACACACAGGACUUUAAAGACUGUUGAGGAGUUUGUGAACACACUGCUGCUGCUGUUUGGACUUCAAAAACCAGAGGAUGAACAUGGCUUCUGUCAAGACACUCCUUCUACUCUUCAUCAUCAGUGUGGCUCUGCAUGAAAGUUGCGGAUUCCCCUUAUCGGAGCAGGGGGAGCUGCCCGUCCAGGCUCGGCAUCCACCUAGAGUCAGGACCAAACGCUGCUCCUGUAACAGCUGGGAUGAUAAGGAAUGCAUUUACUUCUGCCACCUAGAUAUUAUCUGGGUCAACACACCAAGUAAACUUCUUCCGUACGGCCUUGGAAGUCCCCUUUCUCGCCGGCGCCGCCGUUCAGCAGACCGCUGCGAAUGCACCAACCCAGCCGAUAAAACCUGCUCCGGCUUUUGCCAUAAAAGCUCAGACCAUCCAAGAGGUGAUGUCAUGGAUUCAUCUACAAACGCCUCAGACAAAAACAACAACAAACUGCUGGAAUCCCUCAGAUCUGUGAUCAAAUCCAACACGGCGCUCGCAGAACAGACGCAGUCAUCAAAGAUCACAGUGGGACGACUGAAGACAAGAAGGUAGACGACGAGAGGAAAACUCAAAGCAGCUCAACCUUCACGGGCUCAGCAUCCAUGGACAAGAGGUUUCCUAAAAACAGACUCUUCCAGUUGGACCUGUGAGCCAACGCUGAGGUUUAGAAACAAGUGACUGGAAAAGGUGGUGAAGCUCCAGACGUCUGGUACUUCAUCGACGCAAGAAGCCCAACAAUGACGAGGGGGGCAACGACGAGAGGGGGAGAU